UUUCAUCAUUAGAAAAGUAAUCGAGUUGUGUUACUGCGAAAAAUGGAUGAUUUUUUUAAAGCCCAUUAGUGAUUAAUAGAGGAUAGUGCUAGUUUAUUCAGUAUUCGUCGCGAUCAGCUUGUUGUGCUUAAUGCAGUGAAAAUCGGUGCUAGGGCCGGUGGAAGCAAGAUGUGUGCAGUGUGAGCUGUUUCUGUACGGAUGAUCGGCAGCAACAGCAGGAAGGCUUUUACUUUUUAGGAGCGUUUUGGCAAAUUUCUGAAUGUCCAAUUUGAUUCAUGUGCCAGCCAAAAAGGACAGACGGGUGGAUAUAAUAAAAAGUGCUAAAAAUAGUUUUCUCUAGCCAUAAUACUGUUGUAGUUGCAGGAAAUUAGUAAUUCCUAGUUGGGACAAGAGUGCAACUGGUGCGGUUUGUUUCUCGAAUCCUGCUGCGGAAAACAGCUGAGUAUAGUAGAAAUAGCACUCCUCCCGUGUGUGUCGCGAAAAUUUGCACCUCCAAUCCUCGGACAGAGGAGCCAAAUUUUUAAUCAUUCGAACCAGUGAUAGCAAAGUUAGUCGACGAUAGUCCGUUUUUUCGUGUAAAAUAGUCGAUAGAAAGUUCGCAAGCACAGAAAAGUGCCCACUUGUUCCCCAUAAAAGCAUAUCAAGGAAUCUGAAAAAAAUAAAAACAAAAAUGGAUGAGCUGUCGGAAGCUGAGUUGCGCUACUACAAUGAUCUGUUUAAAAUCUGCAGCGAGUCUUCGGAUGGGAGUGGGAAAAUUCCCGCAUUGAAAGCCACUUCACUGUUCCGAUCGGCCAAUUUGUCCAACGAAAUCAUCAAUAAGAUAACAUCACUGGUGGGUGUACCCCAAACAGCAUUGCAUCUUUCGCGACAACAGUUUUAUGGAUGCUUGAAACUGAUAGCUGCGUAUCAAGCCGCGGUUCCACUUCGGGAAGAAAUCCUAACAUCAACCAUCAGCCUACCAUUGCCACAGUUUAGUUGGAUAGAUUCUCCAACGACCAAUCCGAAUCACAACGCAACGACUGGUUCCUCUACUAAUAGUGGCAACGGGGUUCAAGUGGAUAGAAACGGUUACGGUAAUCGACAGUCAGAUUACGGGGAAAUGAAAAGUGGUAAAGAUCUGAUCCAAUUAGCUACGGCAAGCAGCAGUAGCAGCAGAGAACGGGUUGAAGUUUUGAACAGUAGUGAUCUAACAAAUUCCGAUCAGCCUAGCACGGAUUCUGAGGUGGAACACAACGAUGAUUCUAUGUUACGAUCUGCAGAGCGCCAUCAUGUUAUCAAAGUCAAAGGACAAGGAUCCGGUAAGCUGGUUGGCGGUGGGCCUGGCAGUGGAGUUGGGGGCUCGCCCGAAGCUUGGAGCACGGCCAGUGAUAGUCCGACGCCAACCAACAGUGUUGCCGAACGACCCUGGGCUAAUCAAAACCUAUGGCAGGGGCUUGUCUGCGAAGAGCAGAGACAGCUGCUAGGAACUGAAGAAGAGUCCUCGGACAAGCAUAGCAGCGAUGACGAUCAGGAAAUCGAUUUAGAAUAUUUUUAUCAAAUUUCCCAAACACAAAAAGAAUAUUAUUUGAAGCAGUUUAGAACCAUACAGCCAGAUGUUCACGGAUUAGUUAGUGGACAGGUUGCAAGAGUAUUUUUUGAAAAAUCUCGCAUUCCAAUUGAAGAACUUCGACACAUAUGGCAAAUGUGCGACGUUACCCGUGAUGGGGCUUUGAAUUUAGCCGAGUUCACAGCUGCGAUGCACUUAGUGGUGCUACGAAGGAACAACAUUCCGGUUCCGGCAUCUCUUCCACCGUGUUUAUUGCCUAGUCUCUUGCAGCACACUCUUUUCAACAGUGCCAGCGGAAGUCUACCGAACCAACUAAGUGGAGGGUCAACGGGAGGAGCAAGCACUGCCAGCACAACUACAACCGAAACUACUAAAAGCGUUCAGGAACGCACAGGACCGGAAGAGGCCGACCUGUUACAUCUCGAAAGUGAUGAUAAUACUGAUAACGGAGGCAAUGGACCAGUAUCUCAAACAGAAACUUUGAAAUUUGGUCAGCAGACUACGGACAAUGGUAUAACGAACAGUAGAGUUGGUAGCCCUUCUGGGAUCUCAUCUACCACAGGCAGCUCAAAAAUUUCGAACACAAAUAGUGGUAGAAAAACUCCAACUAAUGUAGCAUCGCCAUUGCACAAUCAAACUAAACAGAAACAGUUAAGCGAACGUCCAGUUUCGCCACCAAAUACAUUAAACUAUAAGGAAUGGAAUACAUCCAGUAAAGAAUGGACCAAGUUUACCGAAUCUCCUACUUCUAACGUAUCUAGUCCAGGACCGAAACCGGUCAACUUUGAUAUGCAACGUACAACACAGGCUAUUGUUUCGGAUCCUCAAAUUCUACAUCCAGUGCCACUGCGCGUCACUCCAGUUGGGGCCGAAGCAGCUGACAAUAGUAAUCUAGUCUAUAGUGAUGUCACCGUUGGAACAGGCGGCAUAUUGAUUGUGCAACGCGAUUCGAGCCCUAAGCAACAGCCACAAAAUUUACAGCCCCAUCAAGCACCGCAUUCGAGUCAGCGUGAUUCUAUCACGAGCGGUGAUCUUAGGGCAAUUCAGAGGCCGCAACCUAAGAAACCGCCUUCCAAAGGGGUCGGUGCUAUUCCACCACCACCGCAGCGUGAACCAAGCAUUACUUCCACGACAGGUUUGGUCGCGUCUAUGGACGCUAUGGCCACAUCUCUUGAUACGGCUACGUUCAAUAGUAUCAUAAAUAGUACUGCUGGGCAUGGGAACAGUAUCGUUACAAACAGUACCAUUACGGGCAAGAAAGAUCAGCCCCCGCCGCCUCUGCCUCCUCCAAGACCAACACAACAUCGGCACACCCGAAGCAGCAGCUUAGAUUUGAAUAAGCUUAAGCUGAACACUGGUACCGGGGCACCUACUUCGGGAUCUUCGAUCACAAAACAAACGGAAGAUCAAAUGCAUAUGCCACCACCUCCGGAAGUUCCCCCGCGUACGACGCCGCCAUCCGAGCAAAAUCCGACACAUGGAUUUGCAGAUUUCACGAACUUUUCAACCCCAAAUGUUGAUAGCAAAUCAAGAAAGGUAUCUGCUGAAAACAACGUGACAACGAUUCAUCUGGAUGCAAGUGGAAAUAUGACUACAACCGUAUCAAAUCCUUCAUCACGCACCAACCUGUCCAACUCGUUGAUCGUCGGAGGAUCGUCUCUACCGGUGACAUCCCGUAAUAGCGCCUUCGAAGUGUACCGUAAACCGCAACACGGAGGAUCAUCGGCUCAGCAACAUCUCCGUGAUUCUCAGUCACCUCCACACACCGGACCACCUCCUCUGUUGGCUUCACGCAGUGUCGAGUCGUCCUCCACAACCGACUAUGAUAAGCGUAUCUCAGCCCUUAGCGACAAUUUGCGUCAGGUACGUUUCAAGAAUGCAGAAUCUUCACACGCUCCAGAUGUUCUGAAGCAUUUGAAGGAUCAAAACUCGUUGCUGUUGCGAAUAUGCGGUGAUUUGAGCGAUGAACUGCUACAAAUUCAACAGAAACGCGAAGAUAUUAGAAUAAAAAUAGAACUCCAGGAACAGAAUCUAGGGACAACGGCUAUCGUAACAGGGCAAACUGGGGGGACUGCCAAUCAUCUAGCAUGAUAAGACAUUUUCAAACUAUCAUGCUUUUAGCUAAGCAAAACGUGACCAUUUGAUGUAAAAUAAUCGUUCAAAGUGUUAUCGUUUAAUGGCGAAACGAAAGCUUAUAGAAAUAUUUUGCGUUGCUUUUCGGCAAGUUGACAAGAGAAACAGGAUACAUUUUAAAGUUGUUAGUAACUGUAGCAGAUUAAGAAGAGCUGUUUAUAAAAUCCGCAGAAUAGAAGGAUUUCAAAUGUCUGUUACUAUUGCCGUGACCGUAUUUUUAGCCUGAUACCCGUGAUUCUAGCUUACGUUAUUCGUUUGUAAUGAUUAAGUUUGGAAAAAUGUUGACAGUGUCUUUCAAAAUAAAUGAUCAAGUUUGCAGAACACAACAAACAAUUCGAAGGGGGAUAUGCAAGUAAAAUGAUUUCUUAUAUUCAAGAAUAAUCGCCAAAGAUCCUACCUUAUCUAGCAACGAUUGCUUUCUGGUCGAAUCUUGAAGACUUUGAUGUUUCAUGUGAGGGCUUUGAAUGCGUUACCUUCACCGCCUCGGGAAUCCUCGAUUGAUCUAUCAUGCAGCGUUAACUUCCAAUUGGAAAAGCAGAGUGCAUCGCUCUUCUCACACAUCAGCGCCGAAAUCAAAGCGAUUUCCCACCAACACUAGCUUCAAAUCAGCGCUCCUGCUUCUUUUGUUGUGCCUAUUAGGUGGAAUAUAAAACUUGUAACCAUUAUAGAAUUGACUGAGUCAGUAUAGGCUACGAUAAUAAUUUGUUUAAUUAUUUUGUUCAAUGUUUAUAAGGGCUUUUACUUAUAAAAGCAACUAUGUGCCGAGUUAUUUUUAAUUAAACAUUUUGGAAAGUGGUAAGGGAAGAAAUAGGAUGUGGAAGGAUAUGAGGAGAAGGAGUUAUUUGGGUAUUUCUGGUGGUCGUACCUGUUGCAUGCUACGACGAUUGAUUGAGAAGAUGUAUUUUUUUAACCAUACCUUCACCGACAUAUAGGGGAAUGACCCUGGCAGUUAAACUCCCUUGAAAAAAAAAAUUCACCGACAUCUUCUUCUGUCGAAAUUGGUGGGAGUGUGGGCGAGAAGUUGGAAGGAGGGUCCAUUUUCGAGGCAGGGAAUCUGCAUCCAAACUGAUGCCAUCAGUUUGGGAAGAUUGUGAUGUUGCUGGAGUGUACGUUCUUUUCUGGUUCAAGCUCGCCUCCUUUUUGUUGGAGUUGUUGCUGUUGUAUUGUGUUCUGGGUAGCCUGUUGGUUCUGGCUGGUUUUUACUGUAUUCGCGUAGCUGGUGGAGUUGCUGCUCGUGUGUACUAUUCUCCGGGCUUCGUUGAUUGGGAUGUUUUUAUCGGUGCUGAGUUUGAGUGCUGUUGAUUCUGCUGUCCAAAUGGGGCACUUUCUGUCCAAGGGGCAAUGACCUGGUGUUUUGCAAUUUCCACAAAAGAUGAGAGCCAUUCGCAACGGCCACCGAUUCCGCGUUUUAAUGUUGAUCAUGUGGACCAAAAUCAUAAUUAUGAAAAGGUCGAACACCUUGAAGCGUUGGCCUAGAAACCCCGAACUUCUUUCUGCUGGUGGAAUGAUGGACUGCGUGUAGUCUGCAAGACGUUCCUAACAUUUACCACCUCCGAGUUCACUCUCUGUUUUCGAGGCGUUCAGUCGCAUUUUCAAGAGUGCGCUAGUUUCGAAUCGAAAAGUAAUUGCUAAUUUUUAUUGGAUGCGUGAAAAAGUGAAGCAGUGAUGAGUCCUUCACCAGGAGACAAUCCUGUUCGGACCAUUCCCGAAUGGAUGGACAAGAAAAACCUGCCAGGAAGGCUUUAUUACAUGAUUUUACGUACUAACGAGGUCAAACAUUUCCCAGAAACACUUUUGUUAUUUUGAGAUCAGUAGACGAGUACUCUGGAAAGGUGGAAGAAGGCUACUACGAGAAGCGCAAGUCAUGGUACGUCAUAAAAAUAAGAAGCAAAGACCAAGGUAGGAAACUUUUUAUUUUGACCGCUUUAAAAGAUGGCACGCCAAUUGAAAUUGUUCGCCAUCCGGAGCUAAACUUCAAAUUUGUUGUAUUUUGCAAUGAAGUUGAUGAUAUGAAGGAAGAAGAAAUUGAGGUUGAGCUUGCUCCACAGAAAAUAAUAAAUGUUUGCCGCGUAACGCAGAAAACAGCAGCUGGUAUCGUUCACACACACCAACUCUUGUGUUAACGAUCAAUUUUACCGUUUUACCGAAAUUUAUAAAUUUUGGACUGUUGAGAGUCAGAACAAGACCUUAGUAUCCCCAACCGAUGUUGUGUCAGCAAUGUUUGGCUUACGGCCACCCAAAUGCAAAUCGCAGUAAAGUUUAUCCUCAUUCCUCUUCCUUUCCUUAAUCCUAACCCGUCCCCAUUCAGUUUCAUUCAGUUUAUAUGAUUGACCCUCGGCGUAAUUUAACUUGAAAAAGUAAAAGUUCUGUAAUAAAGAUCCGUUUGAAUGUCGAUUGAACCUGCGGAUCAACUUUUAAAGCUGGUCCACGGGUGUCACAUUGUGGUUCUUCAACCACAGUGGUUUCCGGAACACUGCUGCCAUAAAGCAGCUUGAUGCGUGGUUUAAGCCUUGAAAAUUGGCCCUGCAUUUUGUAGUCUGGAAUACCGGUGCUCCGAAAUGCGGUGGUAUGAAGCAUGCGGAGGUAUGAAGAAUUGGUUAGAAAGAAUGGAAAACUGACUCGAUUAUAAAACAAGCUCCGUAAACCUUAUGAUUCCAUAAAGUUUUUUUUCGUCGUAUUGUGUAAAUCAGUUCUAUAAAUAUUUUUAUCCAUAGAUGGAAACGUGUAUUAAUCUGUAUGUACAUAUGUUAAAGAUAAUUCUUUCGCAAGAUUCAAACAAUUGGUUGACCUAGUUGUGUAGAGGAAAGUAACAUAUUCACAAUUCUGAUAGUUUACUCUGUGUUAAUAGAAGAGAAUAUAUGAUGAUCCUCAAAAAGCAGAUCUUUGGAAGUUUUGCUAUAAAUGGUUGUUUAUGAAUCGAAGAAAUAUAACAGAGAUACUUAUUUUUAUAAAGAUGUAUAAACUAUUUAAAUUUCUUAUGUGCUAACACUCAAACAUUUUCAAAAGUAUUACGUUUAGGGAACGAUGAACAAGAAAUUAUCUGGUUCUAAAAAGAACAAUAAAUUGAAGUUUAUAAACUAUCGGGUACGAAUAUCACACGCAGACAAUGGCAUGAAUUUUAAGAUGCAGCAGGAAUGUGAUCCUUUAAAUCGAACAGCCAAAUAUCAAUCAAAUGAUGAAAAAUAAAAACAAAAAUACAUAAGCGUACUAUUUAGUGAUACUCAAGCUUCGGUCCUAAAAUGCAAGCAUGUAAAAAAAAAGAAAAUCAAUGAAUCUUGUUAGAAAAAGAACGAAAAGUUUACACCAUCUCGACUGACACUCGAAAAUUAUAGGAAGAAUAUGCCAUCACCAUCCGGUAAACUGUAUGUAAAAUUCUACGUUUUAAAAAUGAUAUUGUCGAUAAAUAAAUAGAUAAUCGUACA